AAAUGAGUGAGGGAUGGUUAUCGCAAAGAAAUAUUGUGUUCAUGAUAAAAAAUCUCCCAGAUAAAAUUUUGCAGGGGUGGUUCUAUUUUAGCGCCGUUUCCACAAGCUCCAGCUUCCUAGUGGCAUCGUAAUGGCGAAGUUUACCUAGAAACGCGAUUCCCUUACCAAAAACAUCAAAGGCAACUUUACAACUUCACUCACAUUUAAUUCUCUACAAUUAUCAAACAUGGCUCCAGCAGAAUCUUUGAGGAUACAAGAAGCCCAAAACUUGGUAAAGACAGAUCCAAGAAAGGCAGAGGCACAAUAUAAGGAAAUCAUCUCCAAACCACCUUCAGUAACCUCGGAAGCGUCUGUUCGAGAAUAUGAAACUGCAUUGGUUAGCUUAGGAGAAUUGUACCGAGAUGAGAGGUGAGUGGAAUAUAUCGCAGGGUUUGAUCUUUCAUGAAGCUCUGGCUGAUUUGUGUGUAGGAAGGCGGAUGAACUGGUAGAUCUGAUCACGACAAGCCGGACAGUAUUAUCAUCAUUCGCAAAAGCCAAAACAGCAAAGUUAGGUAAGGAGAAGACUGCAGGAAGCUUUUGCGCAUGAGCAGAUAAUGGUCUAUAUUAUGGUAAUCCCAAUACUCAGCUAACGUGCCUUCACUCCAGUACGACAACUACUAGAUCUAUUCAAUGCCAUUCCCAACACAACAGAUACCCAAAUUACCGUCACAAAAUCAUGUAUCGAAUGGGCUACAUCCGAACGUCGUGGUUUCCUAAGACAGAACCUUGAAACCCGUCUUGUCAGCCUUUACAUGACCAAACAAUCCUACUACGAUGCCCUCACCCUCAUCAACAGUCUCCUUCGCGAGCUCAAGCGUCUCGAUGAUAAGCUCGUUCUCGUCGAAGUCCAACUCCUCGAAUCUCGCGUUUAUCACGCCUUAGGAAACACAGCCAAAGGUCGCGCCGCUCUCACUGCUGCAAGAACAAGUGCUGCAUCCGUGUACACCCCUCCUUUACUCCAAGCUGGCCUCGACAUGCAAUCUGGCAAACUUCAUGCCGAAGACAAGGAUUUCAAUACUGCGUUCUCGUACUUCAUCGAAGCGUUAGAUGGAUACCAUACACAAGACGAACCGGAGAAAGCUACCGCAGCUCUUCAAUAUAUGCUUCUCUGCAAAAUUAUGCUCAACCUUGCCGACGAUGUCAAUCAACUCAUGACUUCCAAACAAGCCAUCAAAUAUGCAGGCAAGAAUCUCGAAGCCAUGAAAGCCGUCGCACGCGCACACUCCAACCGUUCUCUAGAAGAAUACGAAAAAGCACUGGGUGAUUACCGCCACGAACUUGGCUCCGAUGCCUUCAUCCGCAACCAUCUCCGUCGUCUCUAUGAUGCCAUGUUGGAACAAAAUCUCAUCAAAGUAAUCGAACCCUUUUCCCGCGUCGAAAUCGCCCACAUUGCGAAGAUGGUUGGUCUCGAUACACAACAAGUAGAGAGAAAAUUAUCACAGAUGAUUCUUGAUAAAGUUAUUAUUGGAGUACUGGAUCAAGGGGCUGGGUGUUUGAUCAUUUACGAUGAGACGGAAAGAGAUGUAGGAUAUGAUGCUGCGUUAGCGACAAUCGAGAAGUUGAGCAGUGUGGUUGAUGUGCUUUAUACCAAUCAAGCGAGUAUGCUGGAGUAGGCUGGUGGAUGAAAGACCAGAUAAUGCAUACUUGUAUCAUAGAGGCGUAAAGAUUGGACGAAAGUAAAUGAUAUGACAUGGUAUGAAGUGGCUGCUAUUAUCCAGUCCCAACAUCUACAUUCACAUUUAGAUCUUUUUCAUUCACGAGGAAGUAAAAACGUGAGCAGAAAUGAAGACAAAAAACCAUAUAGAUAAUCCUCAGUGUGAAAUCGCCCGUCUGCCAUCCUAUCACAAAACGGCCUUCAAACUGCGUACACUUAAGAAGGACCUAAUUACUCGAGUAGUAAUCCCACACCAACAAACCCCUUCUUCCCUUCCCUCUUGAAAACAGCUAAAAAGAACCGCCCCCGCAGGCAAGCAAAU